AUGACCCAGAAAUGUGGAGGGCGCAUCCUUACCGAGGAGGAGGUUCACUGGAAUGUUUUGAGAGCUCUUGACCUGGAAGAGAAGAAGGAGCUGAGACGCCUCGGGAAGGAAUACGAAGAGCGCAGCAAGGACGAAGCAGUGGAUAACAUCUGUGGCGAGAAUGGCGUGCCGGUUCCUGAAAUGGACGCAAUCGUCCUGAAGAACAAGACCAGCGCCACCAAUUCGCUGUCCCAGACAGAGUGGCUGUCCAUGGAGGCAGCGAUGCCCGCGGAAGAGCGGCAGACGCAUCGCAACCUCCAGAUUUUCUUCAUGGAGCGGGCGAAAGCCGCCGGCGUCAAGGAGAAAGAGGAGGAGGAGGAGGAAGAAGAUGAUCCCGAGAUGCUCGCUCUCAUCGAGAACGGCGGCGAUGCUCCGGAAGGAGGCGAUGCUGCAGAGAGCGACGACGAGGAUCCGCGAGACACGGCGCGGAAGAAGCAGGAGGAGGAGGACAAGGAGGCGGUAGGGACCGUCGAGAAGCAGAAGAACUGGAGUUCUGUGAACUUGGCUUUUCAGGAGUCCAAGUUGAACUACCGGGGUAGCUUCUCCGCCUUGUCCUUCACCAACUGGCUGUGGUACAGGGUCGUCCGACCGAAGUUGGAAGAGACCAAGUCGAAGAUGGUGGAGCUCAGCGACGAGGAGCUCGAGAAAUACGGCAUUCCGGAUGUCGAGGAAGUCCUCGGCGAGUUUAUGCCGGCUCAGAAGAAGAAGGAGGAGGAAAAAGACAAGAAAGAUAAAAAGGACAAGAAGGACGACAAGGACAAGAAAGAUAAAAAGGACAAGAAAGAGGAGGAUGACAAGAAGGAUAAGAAGGACAAGAAAGACGCCAAAGAUAAGAAAAAGAAGAAAGAUGCGGUGCAGCUCAACCAGAAAGAGAAGCUGCAGGUGCAAAACCUGAUCAAGAACAUGAUCUACGGAGAGUCCGGCAAGAACAAGACAAUCACAACCGGAUGGGUGAACUUGGUGGAUGAGAAAGACAUUCCCAGGUUGACUCCCUGGGAGUUCCAGCUGGCGCACAUCAUGCGAACGUCCAUGGCGCUGGAGUACAGCGCCAAGAAGAAGAAGGAGGUUCCCGACCUCAAUCUCUACUACGAGAUGUGCCAGUCCUUGGCCGACGCCAUCGGCCUCAUCAAGAAGCAGUACUCCUUCGAGUUCCCACAGAACUCCCUGGAGGAUGUCUUGCCGCUACAGGACGCCCUGGCUCUGCAGACUCGCUUCCGCGAGGGCUCCGUGGCAGGGGCCAGGUUCGAUCUCUUGUGGUACCUCCAGAAUGGCGCCCAUCUGCUGGCUGGCAGUGGCUUUGCCAAGAAGCACCGCACCACGGUCUUCAAGCCGUUCAAGAUCCAGGAGCUGAUGAUCGAUGCCAUCCUCCAGCCAGGACCGCAGCUCGUCUUCGGCAUCGCACCGCCUGGCACGGGCAAGACCGCCGUCGUGUCUCACAUUCUGAACCUUUUUCCUGUCCAUACGCUUGUCUUCUGCUGCCCAGCUCUGCCUGUGGUGCUCAGCGUGGGCCGUAUCUCCAACACUCUGGGAAUUCCCUAUGCCUUCUGCAAGGGCCGAAGGAUCACCCCGAGCUACUCCUGCGGCCGCGGCCUGGGGACGCACGUGCCCGCACUACUGCCGGUCAAACAGCCGAUCUUCGGCUGGGGGACUCAGGUCGUCAAGCUCAAUCUCGAGCGGAAGAAGAAGCGGCUCGCAGAGAAGAAGAGGAAGCGCCUCCUGGCAGCCCAGGGAGCGGCGCUGUGCCGUACAGAUCGUCGGAUUCGGUCCAUCACUAUCACCAUCACCACAGUCAUCAUCGUCGUCAUCAUCAUCAUCAUCGUCGUCGUCGUCAUCAUCAUCAUCACCACCAGAGGUACAGGCUAA